AUGAGUGCGACGGACGUGGCGAGGCAGGCCCGUGAGGCUUUUGAUGAAACGCAGAAGCUUCUCUCUAUGAGGGGCAGCGAGAAAGCGGACGCUGCGCGCGUAAAGGCGCUCGAGUGCAUCCGCACAGCACUCGAGCAGUCCCGCGACGAGAUCCAAGCUGCGAAUCAGCGAGACGUGGCGGAGGCCAACGAGCUCGUGGCUGCGGGCAAGCUAUCGAAGCAGCUCGUGUCUCGUCUGGACCUAUUCAGCAAGCCCGGCAAGUGGGAUUCGAUGCUCCAGGGCGUGACUGACGUUGCGCGCCUCCCGUCGCCCCUGGAUGUAUGCACGCGCGCCACACGACUCGCUGAGGGCGAGCCGGCCACUGCCGAGCGCGCCGCGACGGGCUCACUGGACCUGUACCGUGUGACGUGCCCGAUCGGCGUGCUACUGUGCAUCUUUGAGGCGCGACCUGAGGUUAUUGUGAACAUUGCGAGCCUCGCGAUCAAGUCGGGCAACGCAGCGAUUCUCAAGGGUGGCAAGGAGUCCAAGCACUCGGCCGCCGUGCUCACGCGGUGCAUUGCUGCGGCCCUGGAGCAGAGCGAGCUUCCUCGUCAUCUAAUCCAGACCGUGCAGUCGCGCGACGAGAUCCAAGCCCUUCUGCACGAAGAGCGCUACAUCGAUCUAGUCAUUCCCCGCGGCUCCAAUGCACUUGUGAAGGCGAUCCAGAGGGAUGCGCGCAUGCCAGUCAUGGGCCAUGCAGAUGGCCUCUGCGCCGCGUACGUGCACGAAGAUGCGCCGGAGCGCCUCACGAUCGAAACGGUGCUGGACGCCAAGCUGGACUACCCGAGUGCCUGCAACGCCAUCGAGACGCUCCUUGUGCACCGGCACCACUGUGUGUCGGGUCUGUGGCCCACCCUGGCGCAUGCCCUUCUGGCUGCUGGCGUGCGCCUGCACUGCGAUGAUGAGGCGCGCGCCUGCCUUGACGGUGGUCUGACCGACAUGGAGUGCUCGCUCGUAAGUGCUGCGACGCCGGAAGACUACGAUACUGAGUACUUGGACCUGGACCUCGCUGUGCGCAUCGUCGGCAGCGUCGACGAGGCUGUGGAUCAUAUUCAGCAGCAUGGCUCUGGACACACCGACGUGAUUUUGUGCAAGCCCCUCAAUGAGGGCGCCGCUACGCAAGGCGCCAGCGCCGCGGAGAUCUUCACUCGCUCCGUCUCGUCGUCAAGCGUCUUUGUUAAUGCGUCUUCGCGCUUUGCCGAUGGUUUCCGCUUUGGUUUUGGUACGGAAGUCGGCAUUAGUACGGGCCGUACACACGCCCGGGGCCCAGUCGGCCUCGAGGGGCUUGUCAUCUACAAGUACGUGCUGCGUUCGUCCGGCGAGGGGGCUCAGACGGCCGGCGCCUUUGCGCCGGGCGCGCACCAACGCGCCUGGUCGCACCGUGCGCUGGACCAAGUAUACCCAACGCUGUAG